UGCGGAAUAACUUGCGUCUGCAGGUCGACAUGAAUUACAGUCAGACAGAGUUGUGGUUUGGACCUGAAUGUGUGUCUCAUGUCUGCUCUGGAUGUAAGGCACGUCUCGUUACACAGAUAUAGAGGAGAUGGGCUAGUAUACUGAUCCAGCAACCGAUUUGCAAUUCAUCUGUUGUGGUUACAUAGCAAAUAAGACGUACAUUUGUUUGGGAAUGGUUGAUGAUUAAAAUAAGGGCAAAGUGCAUAACAGCACAAGUCAGUGAGGUCGAGUAUCUUCACCAUUGCAUAACUUCUGCUUUCAUGUAACUGAAGUUGGGCACCAGGAUUUGAGCGCUAUGUGGUACUUCUGCGAUGUCUUAGGUCGUAUAUGGCAAUCGCCAUUCGUUUUGUUUUAUUUGUUAGCGUUUUGGAUAGCACCGGCGUUCAUGCAUCCACAAUGCUUGGAUUUUAAGCCCCCUUUUCAGCCUCAACAAGAGCUUCAGUUCUGUCAAAUGUAUACAUACUUCGGCUGCUGCGACUAUGCCAGGGACCAAGAGCUGAUGGCAAAAUAUUAUCGAAUAAUGGAUAACUUCGAUUAUUAUGGAUAUUCGAACUGUGCCGCGUACGUACAAGAUCUACUCUGCCAGGAAUGCUCUCCAUAUGCGGCUCACCUUUUUGAUGCUGAAGACACCAGCACACCCUUACUCACCAUACCUGGACUGUGCCCAGACUUCUGUUCUCAAUUCCAUUCCAAGUGUAGUUCUAUUCUGACCUUGUUGUCUGAUGAUCCACGUCUUGAAGAACUUAAGCAUGACCAGCGCAAGCUUUGUCAGUACCUGGAGUUGGAUGAUCCAGACUACUGUUAUCCUCAUCUCCUAAGCAAUGAACUGUUAACCAAAAACCUGGGCCGCACUGCAGCUGAUUCUGAGGGCUGCUUGCAACUGUGCUUGGAGGAGGUUGCCAAUGGACUCAGAAACCCUCUUGCCAUGGUUCACGCCAAUGAUGGUACGCACAGGUUUUUCGUUGCCGAACAAGUUGGCUUGGUCUGGGUGUACCUUCCAGAUCGCUCAAAGCUUGAGAAACCGUUUCUAAACAUCACCAAGGCUGUGUUGACAUCUCCAUGGGAAGGCGAUGAAAGAGGCUUUCUGGGACUCACCUUUCACCCAAACUUUAAAUACAAUGGGAAGCUUUAUGUGUAUUACUCCGUGGAGGUUGGCUUUGAUGAGAGAAUCCGCAUCAGUGAGUUUCGUAUCUCCUCUGCGGAUAUGAAUGUGGUUGACCACGGUUCAGAGAGAAUCAUUUUAGAGAUUGAUGAACCUGCCUCUAAUCACAAUGGUGGUCAGCUUCUGUUUGCCGAUGAUGGAUACUUAUACAUCUUCACUGGGGAUGGUGGAAUGGCAGGAGAUCCAUUUGGGAAAUUUGGAAAUGCUCAGAACAAAUCUGCCCUUUUGGGAAAGGUUCUUCGCAUUGAUGUAGAUGACAACGAAAAGGGGCCACUGUAUAGAAUUCCGUCGGACAAUCCAUUUGUGCAUGAACCCAACGCUCGGCCGGAGGUGUAUGCCUAUGGGGUCCGAAACAUGUGGAGAUGCUCAGUAGACAGAGGAGAUCCAUACACCAAGGAAGGAAAAGGAAGAAUCUUCUGUGGGGAUGUGGGCCAGAAUAAGUUUGAGGAAAUAGACAUAGUGGAGAAGGGCCGGAAUUAUGGAUGGAGAGCAAAAGAGGGCUUCUCUUGUUAUGACAAGAAACUCUGUGCAAACAGCUCCUUAGAUGAUGUUCUUCCAAUUUAUGCAUAUCCACACAAAAUGGGCAAAUCUGUCACAGGUGGCUAUGUUUACAGAGGCUGUGAAAAUCCAAAUUUAAAUGGCAUGUACAUAUUUGGAGACUUUAUGAGUGGACGCCUGAUGAGUUUAAAAGAAAACAGAAACACAAGGAAUUGGGAAUACGAUGAGAUUUGCAUGGGCAUGGGUCUGACUUGUUCAUUUCCAGGGCUCAUCAACAAUUACUAUCCGUACAUCAUUUCAUUUGCAGAGGAUGAAGCAGGUGAACUCUAUUUCAUGUCUACCGAAAUACCUAGUGCCACAUCAUCUACAGGUGUUGUGUACAAAAUUGUUGAUCCCUCAAGACGUGCACCCCCAGGAAAAUGUCAUUACGACCCACUUUCAGUCCGUGUUAAGAGCCACCUUAUUCCAUUCAAGCCAAAGGAAACUUUGAUUAGUGUGAAUAUUCCAACAAAGCGUCCUAGACUCUCAAAUGCAGAGAAACCUCCUGAUGCUGCCUCAGAAGACUGGCUACAAGAGCUGCUGGACAUCUUUAGGGAGCCAGAUGUACAAAUCACCCCCACUCCAGUCACCCCAACUACAGCCAAGCCUCUCAGAACAUCCAGGCAACGGAAGGGUAGGCGCAGAAAGGGCAAGCAAAAGAACGGAGCUGUGAGAUUGGUUGGGGACGAAGAGGGUCGGAGAGAUCGGGGAAGAGUGGAGAUAUAUGCUAAUGGGGAAUGGGGGACCAUUUGUGAUGAUCUCUGGAACACAAAGAACGCUGUGGUGGUCUGCCGGCAGCUUGGGUUCCGCCAUGCACUUAAGGCUGCCAAGCACGCCGAGUUUGGGGAGGGUAAGGACCUGAAGAUCAUUUUGGAUGAUGUGCAGUGUGAGGGGACAGAAGAAACCCUUCUGGACUGCCAGCAUGCUGGAGUGGGCACGCACAACUGUGCACAUUAUGAAGAUGCAGGAGUGAUAUGUGGAAAUUCAGGCUCGGAAUAAUCAAAAAAUUAUUAAACAACCUUUGUUGUUAGUUUUAGCACAUAGGUCUACCUCAUCUAUUCCGAACUGAAAUGCAGAGGAUGUAUGCUCAAAUAAUAUUUGAUAUUUUAGUUUAAUUGUAAUUGUGACUAAACAUUCAUGUUCAUUCUUGUUUGCUGCUCAAAUUCAUAGACCUAUGUGGAUGUUUUACUUUGAAAAAAUAUUGAAAAUAAUUAUGCCUAUAAAAUAACAUCAUAAUACCACUUUCGUAACAGUUCUUUAAUAGCAUCAAUCACAAAUAAAUUAAGAAAUAAAG